AUGUCCACCAAGGCUGGAAGGGCGGCCAGCGCCCUCAAGAGCGGCGUGGUGUACAGCGGGAGCGCGUUCAUGAAUGGCGUGAACGCAAUCACGCCUCAUUUCGCGGGCGCCGUGGACAUCGUCGUCGUUCGGCAGCCUGACGACACGCUGAAAAGCACGCCUUUCUACGUUCGCUUUGGCAAAUACACAGCAUUGAGGACACGAGACCAUACAGUGCGCAUCAGUGUAAAUGGUGAGGAAACGUCUGUCCAUAUGCAUCUGGGGAGCUACGGCCAAGCUUAUUUUAUUGCGGAACUCACAGAGGUGUGCAAUGACCCACAAGAGGAUGUUGCCCUUUCUGGAAUGAUUUCCCCACCCAGUGGCUAUUCAUCGGGUGAGCCUGAUGCGCCAUAUGCAAGCAAGGAGUUGGUGGAGUCUGUUCGGUCGGAGGUGGGGCGCCUUCGAAAGAAUGGUCAUCAUUCACAGCAGCUGGUUUCAGCUCCGGCUGAUUCUACUGAUGGACAGGAAACAUCUCUUCAGGCACUCUAUGAGGAAGGUUUGGCGCAGACUAUGCCUGGUCCUGUGGAGGAACCUGAAGAAGUGGAGCCCUGUGGCACUGCAGAUGGAUCUGAUGCUGAUCGUUUGGAGCCUAUGGAUGCUUCACAAGCUGCUCCAUUGAGUGACAAGGAGCAGUUGGAAGCAAUCGCCAACUCAAGUAACAAUUCCUCAAGAACACACGUCUCAAAUGUUGAUGACCGAAGUGAAGGUUCUGACAGGAUUGGGGCGCCUGCUGGAUCAGAGGAAAGUCUGGAUGCUGGCAAUGAGCCCAUCAGCGCAGAAUCGCCAUGGGCCAUCGCAGAAGAAGAGAUUGGCAGGUGUCCAGAUCGUGAACAUGGCCUUGUGGUGGAGAAGCUUGCUGGAAGUCCUGACUGGGAGGUAACAUCUGAGGGUAGAGAUCCCAAGCUCACAUCAGUGAACGAUCAGUGCUUUGCCAGCAGUGCUUAUGCUGCUGUUGGACAGGAGAAUUUGCCCGAGAAGGGGAAGGUCAGGCACUGGGUCAGCGAUCACACAAGAACUGAAACACCAAAACAGGGCAGAAGAAGCAGAAAACAAAACAGGAGGAUUAGAAUGGAGAAGCCCAUUUUGUAUGAUCAGCAGGUAGAGAACAAGGAAAGGAGUGCAAGUGGGGAACGACAAGUCCAAUGGGCCAUCGACAAUGCCCCUACCGGAAGUGCUGAGGGAAAGGAGGCUGAAGUGCUAUCUAUCAAGACAGGCAGGGAACUGCACUUGCCCGCUGCACACCAAUGCCAACAAACAGAAGCCUCUGGAUCUUUGCCAGCAGACGCUGAAGAUCUGAAUGUGCUGCCGCGCUCUUUGUCUGUGGGACCUGCUCGUCAGGGGCAAUCAAGGACAAGUGCCUGGAAAAGAAGCCGCUCUGUACCAUCAAUUGUUGACCUGGGGGAGCAGCAUCAAUCAGCUGCUUCAAAGAAAGUUCUGGGACAUAGUGCACCUACAGCCUUGCCACUUAAAGAUCUGGAGAUUAUGGAUCCACAGAAUGAUGGCUACCUGGGUGACAAUGAUCAGCCCAAGUCUCCCUCUGGAUCGCACUGUAAAGGGGUGCCCGAAGGGCUCUCUGGAUUGCAGGGGUUUGAGUUGUCUUUGUGUGGACAUCUGUUGCGUCCUGGCAUGACACCCAAAGAAGCAAGGACCGCAUUCGAGGAAAAUCGGAUCACACAGGAACAAUUCUCAGUGGAGGGGGUGAGACUGGCCCAGUCCAGGAGACUUGUCUGCAGGACAGGAGGCAUGCUUUACCCUUGGAGUGCUGCGGCACCCAUGGUUCUGGGUAUGUUGGCUUUUGGAGGAAGAUGGGACAAUUUGAUCCAACCCGGCGCAGCAAUUCCCACAGGACCAACGGACGCCGCUGAGGAAGGCAAAACAAGUACUGCAAGCAGGAAGGUGUCCAGCAGUUGGAUGAUAUGGCCGUUCUGGUGGACCUCAACGGGCGAUCUGGAUGCUGCAGAGUCUCAGAAUCCUGCAUCACCAAGGUCUGACGUACAGAGCAUCCCUGACUUGUCAGAAGCCCUUGAUGACAGCAUGUCAACAGGGGACAGGACGCCAGAGUCCAGGCAAGAGACCCAGAAGAUGCGGAAGAAACACAGGGUGGUAACCAAGAAGACACUAACACCAACUGGAGAGCAGCUUGACUGUUUGAAUUUGGUUGAGGGGCAGAACACCGUUGUUUUCCACAUAGGCGGCACACAUACAGUGCAGGCAUACAUCUAUGUGAUACACUGGACGUGCCGAUUAGUCAUUUCGGACAUUGAUGGGACAGUGACCAAAUCAGACCUCCUUGGACACUUGCUGCCAUCCAUGGGCUUCGAUUGGAGUCAUCCUGGUGUUGCCAAGCUGUACUCAAGGAUUCGGGAGAAUGGCUAUGAGAUCAUGUUUUUGAGUUCGCGAGCAAUUGCCCAAGCAAAUAUUACCCGCGACUUUUUACACAGGCUGGAACAAGGGGAGGACAAGAUGCCUGUGGGCCCUGUCAUAAUCUCGCCCCAUGGCCUGUUGCCGUCCCUUUAUAGAGAAAUGAUCUUGCGACGACCGCAAGACUUCAAGAUUGGCUGUCUCCAGGAUGUUCGAGCACUGUUCCCUGAGGACUGGAAUCCAUUCUAUGCCGGUUUCGGAAAUAGACCAACGGAUGUGAUCAGCUAUGAGAUGGCAGGCAUCCCAGAAAGCAGAAUUUUUACGAUCAACCCGAAGGGUUCAAUUGUUAGGGCAUCAAGCGUGGUGCAGUCAUCCACCUGGGCAUCCCUAUACAGUAACAGUGAACUGGUCGACGAAGUCUUCCCCCCAAUCCAAGAUUCUGGGCUUCAGAGGGAAGAAUACAGCGAUCACAACCAUUGGAAGCUGCCUGUGUCUGCUUGGUGCUUCGACGACCCUGAGCUUGCUGACAUAGGGUCGUCUGCCACAAGCCAUUUGGGGAUGACGGAGGACAGAGCCUAUGCCCCAGGCCAGCUUGCCCAAUCUGUGCUGGGAGACUGA